CAUAGUGGAGCUAACCGGCAAACUGAGAGCCACCCUGCAGUCCCUUGCUACAUAUUCUUAAGCAAUCUCCAAAUUCUUGAACAGUAGCAGAGUGUGGAAUCGCAUAUCUUCUGGAUUUUUCAACAUUUUUUUUUCUCCAAUAUUUUGAAGGGUGGCUUUUUGAGGGGUGCGAGUUCAUACACAUAAGACAGUCGUAUGGAGAUGCUCACAGUCGCAGUAAUAUUCAGCAUUCUUUGCAGAGGAUAAAGAAUGUCUGUGAGGAUUGUGAUAUUGUCUGUCAACAUACAAUUUAGAGUAGAAUUGGUCAAAAGGAAACUUGCUUCCCAUUGAUGAGUCCCUUCUUAGUCUGCGGUAAUUUGACGCAAACAAACGUGGCGUUUCAUUUGCUGACUUAGCUCACGUCCGCACUGACAGAUACGCACAAAUGUUUGGCGGGGCCCUUGGGGCCAAAAAGGAUGAAAGCCUCGGCUCUGAAUUCGUGGAAGGUGGGCGCAGAUAUUUGACUUGCAAAAGAUAAAGAAGGUGGAGAUGAGAGAUGAGAAAUGAGACGCAGUAAAAGAGUCAGUGGCUAAAGUAGCUGUAGUCACGUACGCAGUGCUGGUGGUUGUAAAGAACGAAACAGUUUUUCGAUCGUGGAAUUACUCUCAGUAUUGCUGGUGUAACUGAAGAUGGCUCGUUCAUGACAGCCCCGCUCUCUGGACUCCAAAAGUUUGAGAACCCCUGGCUUCAGGGGUGAAGACUUUGACCUCAAUCGGCCUGCUGUCUUUUCCGUGGAAGUGGUCUCAACCACCCACCCCACCGCCCCUCCACCCUCCAGUGCUGCUCGCCAUCUCAUCGGCUCUGCAAUACUGUUGCCAUGGCGACAACGGCCCCUCCCUCUCUCCUCCUGCUCUGCUGGCUGCUCCGAACAGCCUGCUCCUCGUUCCCCGAGGAACCGGGCCCUUUAAACUUCAUCCCCACUGAAGUGUCAAGACGCUAUCCGGUGUUUCUGGGCCGUCCGCACCACACGUGGCAGAGACAAGAGCCUCUACAUAUCCAGAGGGUCAUCCAAGUCAACCGAACGCUCUACAUUGGAGCCAGGGAUGACCUUUUCCGCGUGGAGCUGGACAUCGCCGCCGCAGAUGAGAUGUUCUACAGCAAGAAAAGAACAUGGGAGUCCAACAAGAACGACAUCAGGAUCUGCAGGAUGAAGGGCAAGCAUGAGGACGAAUGUCGGAAUUUCAUGAAGGUACUCCUCAGUCGGCCCGGUGGCCUGUUUGUGUGCGGCACCAACGCUUUCAACCCGCUCUGUGCCAACUAUACCGGGGACACUCUGGAAAUGGCCAGUGACCCCGUCAGCGGAAUGGCCAGAUGCCCUUAUGACCCCAAACACGCCAACGUGGCCUUGUUUGCAGAGGGAAAUCUGUUUACGGCCACCGUGACGGACUUCUUGGCCAUCGACGCGGUCAUCUACCGGAGCCUCGGAGACAGUCCGGCUCUUCGCACCAUCAAGCACGACUCCAAGUGGUUCCGAGAGCCUUUCUUCGUCAGUGCUGUGGAGUGGGGCCCUCACAUCUACUUCUUUUUCCGAGAGAUCGCCAUGGAGUUUAAUUACCUGGAAAAGGUUGUGGUGCCCCGUGUGGCCCGGGUGUGUAAGCGCGACCAGGGCGGAUCUCAGCGCGUGCUGGAGAAGCAGUGGACGUCCUUCCUGAAGGCCCGACUCAACUGCUCCGUGCCGGGAGAUUCCCACUUCUACUUCAACAUGCUGCACUCCACCAGUCCCGUCAUUAACAUGCACGGCCGUGACAUCAUCCUCGGCGUCUUCUCCACACCGGCAAACAGCAUCCCCGGCUCGGCCGUGUGCGCCUUCGACAUGGAGCAGUUGGCCGCCGUGUUCGACGGCCGCUUCAAAGAGCAGAAGUCAGCCGAGUCCAUUUGGACGCCCGUUCCCGAUGAAGUCAUCCCCAAGCCGAGACCAGGAGGUUGCGCCGUUCAGGGUUCCAAGUUUAAUUCGUCCAACUCGUUCCCGGAUGAGAUGCUUAAUUUUGUCAAGACGCAUCCACUGAUGGACGAGGCCGUCCCAUCACUUGGACAAAGGCCGUGGAUAGUCAAGACCAUGGUCAGGUACCAACUGAAUAAGAUUGUGGUGGACUCGGAGGCCGGACCGUACAGGAACCGCACGGUUCUGUUCUUGGGCUCCAGCCGGGGGACCGUCCUCAAGUUUCUCAUCAUGCCCAACCAGGACAACACGGUCACCAGCAGCAACAUCUUCCUGGAGGAACUGGAGGGCUUCAACCCUGAAAAGUGCGCCGGUGACUCUCCGCAGGCCAGGCAGCUGUUGUCUCUGACUCUGGAUCGAGCGAGUCACACGCUCAUCUUGGCCUUCCCCUCCUGCGUGGCGCGAGUGCCCGUGGCACGCUGCCAGCUUUACUCGCGCUGCAUCAAGAACUGCAUCGCCUCCAGGGACCCAUACUGCGGCUGGACCAGAGGAAGCACCUGCUCUUUUCUUCGCCCCGCAACCAGGCUGCCAUUUGAACAAGACAUCGAGCAGGGAAACGUGGCUCACUUGGGCGACUGCGACGGAUUACUGAAAGAGACGUUCAUCAAGGAGCCAGACGGACUGGUGUCGGUCAACCUGCUGGUGGUGUCGGCCGUUUCGGCUUUCGCCACGGGCGCGCUCUUCUCCGGUCUCGCCGUCUGUUGGAUCAUGAGUCACCGCCACCGCCACGGCCGAGGAGCCGGCGCCAAAGGGGCCCGCCGCAAGAGCGACAAGGAGCAAAGCAUGCUCGGGCCGGGCCGCAGCGGCUCGGUGAUGAGCGUGACCAGGACCAGCGGCGGCGAGCGGCGCGACUCUCAGGUGGACAACCCGUUUGUCACGGCCAACGGAUGGCCCAAAGGAGACGUGGAUCCGGGCUUGCUGCCCACCCCCGAGCAGACGCCGCUGCAGCAGAAACGUGUCAUGCGUCUGCCCGACGCCGACUGGGACCCGAGCCAGACCUUCCUCACGGCCCUCGGCUCCCCUUGCCCCAACAACUCGGUCAUCUACCUGAGCUCCAAGUUCCUGCAGGGAGGCGGAGGCGGCGGAGGGAUGGUCCGGAUCGACGAGCCGGGCGAGGUUCUGUUGCCCCCGCAUGCCGAGCGCCAACGCUACCUGAUCCUUUCCGCCCAGCGGGGCGGGAACGGCGGCGGCGGCGGCCGUCCGGCGGGCCCUGAGGUGGUCUCGGCGCCCACUCCCCACAUGGACUACGGGGAGCCUCGCUGGAGCCACGAGGCGCUCAACUACAACGGCAACAACGGCGUGUCGUACCACCCCCAGCGCCAGGGGCUCAUCCGGCCGGAAAUGCACGGCCAUCGAGGGGGGCUCGGACAGCUGGCCGACUACAGCCACCUUCUCGUAAAGAGCGAGCGAACCCCUAGUGGCCAGUGAGGGAACUGAAAGCUCUCUGACCGACCCGUUCCCUGCGGCAACUGGAAGAAAAUACUCCGCCCCCCCUCGCCCCCUCCCCCUCUACAACCACAACCACCCCUUUACUUUCCCUGCCUGCCCCUUCUCGGCGUCAUUCAACGUUCUGAUGUCAUUCAGCUGACUGAAGGAGAGAGAAGCGAAGCAAAAGGGACACUUGAACUCAAAGGUGCCCUUUCCUCCGCUGUUUGACGCAAUUCUCGCUCCGCCGGCACGACAACCGGCGGGAGCGUCGGACGCAGUUGUGGUGAGGAGUCGGGGUGCUUAAGGAAGCGGAAUCUCGGGGUAAAACGACAGCGUGGAGACAAUGAUGGACAGUUUGGACUUGCAGAGGCACAAUUGGGGAUGCCUCCCUUCGCCACCGUGUAAAUUUUAGUUUGUGGUUUUCGUGCUUUUCUUGCCCCUCGCCUCGUCCACACUUUGGCAACUGUCGCCGUGGAAUACGGCAGGCGUGCGUGUGUUUGUGUACGCAAAGUGUGUUUGUGUGUGUGUGCGUAAAUGUUUUCGGGGUUGAACCGAUUAGGCGGCAAAUUUACCGCUCUGCCCAAAUGCGUUUGAAGCUUCAAGUCAGUGAAUCGGCAACUCUCCACCGAAAGCAGCGCUUGGUGGUUCCGAGCAGCGGGCCUCAAACGUUUGGAAUGUUUUACGAGACUGGCAACGCGGUCAACCACAAGCGGUGCUAGUCUUUGAACGGCCAUGUGACCGGGCACCCGCUAACGCUAGCUGCCGAGCAAUCCACGGAACACAGAAAAGAGAGACUCGGGGCGAGCGAAUUAGCAUUCUCUUUAGCAUGAAAAUGAACGGUGAACGUCGGCCGUAAUCACGCCAAAACCCGACAGUGUUACGCUCCAGCGCGCGUAGCGAGUUGGCGUCUUCGCUUAGUUGACGUUGUGUUUACAUGUGAGUAGCAUGUGAGUACCCUCUGACGUUUCAAAUGAAGGAGGGACGUUUGGCUACAUCAACAAUUCAAUCCCGACUCGCUUGCUGCAUGUUCUGAACUCCCGCUUCCAUGUCAGCAAUGUAGAAGCGGUCAUCGUGCCAAAGUUACGGCUGCAGCUCAACUUCCUUUGCUAUUUAAACUGCGCAAUAGUGUCGAGCGAAUCAGCGAUGCCGUCUUUGUUUCGAGACAUCGGUCGUCAACAAUUUUUCCCACACAAACGAAUUCUUGGCAAUCGCUUCAUGGAAUCAUCUGUUUUGAUUAUGCCCCUCCCAGGGAAGAGGUAAACAUUGCGCCCCCUUGCUAUGAGCCAUCAGGGUGAGCUUGUCAUGCCCAUUGAAAAGCUUCAAAUGCGCCAAGGAGAGCAAGAAUGAGGAAAAAUAAAACCAAAAAAAAAAAGAUUUUCCAAUCUCGGUUUCCCAAAAAACGGACAAAGCCUCCUUUCCCCCCUCCGCGUCUCGUCUGACCUGACCUUCAGCGUCGCGAACGUGAGCCGCGGCCGUCCGGUGCCGUCUGACUCAGGCUGCUCGGGAGCUCCAUUCAGGCCGCUCGUUGCCAACACUGAGCCUCUUUGUGCGCUAACAAAUAGCCGUUAAGAGUCAGCGAGCGCCACUCCCGGAAUAUCAAUGAGGACGGGCAAGCCGAUCCAUCCGUCUUGGGAGAUAAGACAGGACGUAGCCCAGCCAGCGGUGGCCUAAACAAUAUCUGAAGCACUGAUCUCCAUUUGCAACCGAAUAUCUGUUCAAUGAAUUCCCCUUCCAUCUCGUCUCUUCAUUUGAUUGCGUUUCUCUUCACUGACCUCCUUCUGGUACGCGCAGGUGGAUUUUACCCACUCAGAUUUCAGCCUCUGUGUUGCCAUGUCUAGUAUCGAAUCUGCCAAGGGAAUUUCUGAAAAAGCCACGCCGGUCCAUGAAACUUAAAACAACAGCGGUGCCUUGAGAUAUGAGUGAUUGACUCUGCGACCAUGUUCUCAAAUCAUUUUUUUCCUUUUGAAAUGAAUUCAAAUUCAAUGAAUCCUUUCCAGUCCCGCCCAAAGCACUUUUGUUUUGUUUUGUUUUUUCCAUAAGGAAAAAUUCACUCAACAGUAUUGUCCUGUAUAAAAACACAGAAAUAACAUUUGCUCUUGACCUACUGGAACUAAAACACACGGAAAAUGCGAGCGUAAACCAACAAUGUACCUAAUGAAAUGUCCUUGUUCUUCCUCUCUGGGGUCGAUUGGCAAUUGAAGACAAAUCUUUGAAUAGCACUCGGAGAUAAACCUUAAAAAGAGAACAUUUAUAAGCGCAUUCUUACCAGUAGCGCUUAUCUCAGACUUAUUGGUACAACCGUGCGCAACACACGUUGGCAUUUUUGCCACGGAGAGAGAAAAUCACAUGAAAACGCUGCGGAGAAAUCAAAAGUAUUCAAGUUCGGUGAGCUUCGCGAGUGGCAACGCAAGAUGGCCGCCAGUGGCUUCACUUUGCGUUACGGCAAGUAAUCGGUAUUUUCAGUCUGUCUUCUGAAGCACGCUCGUAUCGGAUUACGUAUUAUCGGUUUUGUAGAAUAAUCUGAUUUUAAAUUCAUCCUAAAAAAAAAAAAAAAAUCCUAACAUGGCUGCUGGUCCUCCAUGACGUCGGCAUUUUUUUUUGUCCCGACUGUUUGGUUAGCUAAACUUGUUACAGCCAGAUCCAAAAAAAAAACGUCUGAAGCAGUGUGAAACUUUGCUCACAUUAAUACGUUCAAUCAUCAAAUUCUCCGUUUCAAGAUCACUCAGAGGUGGAAGAAAUCGGGUAACCAAAGUGCGGAUUCAGUGGCUUGCGAGGACUUGCUGUCGCACUGCUUGCCGUCAUCCCUUGUGGCUUCGUCACUCAGCUUGCGUUCGUAACAAAGGAGGCAUGCAGACGACAGAUGGCUACUCUGUUUGGGUCUGGAGGCGCUCACCGCACUCCCUGAUGGGUUUAUUUUUUUGUGUUUUUGUUUGUUUUUUUUCGUCUGGCUCCCAUCUUUUCUUGCUUCUCCGGAGACCGAUCGGUUCAUCUAGGUCGCGACGGUGCAUGAUGUCCGUUCCUUUGUUUGCGUGCCCAUUAUUACGGCGCACACGCGGAGCGAGGCUCCGAUCGACACGGUUCCUUUAUCUCGCCCGCUUUUGUGUUCUAACCCCAUUUCCGAGUCAUUGACGUCGUGCAACGUCCCAACUGACGCCCAAGUCGUGCCUUGCUAUCGAUCCGUAGAGGUAAACGAAUGGUGCGUCCUACCAAGCGGUGGUAAACAAUUCGAAAUGUUGGAUCAUUCGAAAAAGCGGAUGCCUCCUGUAGAUAUGGCAACUUUCCUUCGUAUAUUUUGGGGGUAGUAAUGGAAGUUGUUUCAUCGGUGUUGGGAUUGAGCGGGAGUGGAUCCCUGGGGGGGGGGAGGGACAGCAAAUUUGAGUCAGAAAUGGAUUUGUGUCCCAAAGUGUAUUUUUGACUCAUUUUCAAAAAUGCCUUUUGUCGAGCCCAUCAGGGUUUUGAGAUAUUUUUCUUUUUUUUGUUUGUUUUUAAGCUUGACCUAUAAAAGCUUGCGCAAUAUGUGGCCAUCUAUAGCCAUGACAUUUCAUUUUUUUUCAAUCCCACAGUAAUGCUGAAACUAUUAAAUAUGACAGAAUAUAUGACUAUAUUACAUAUUACAUGAAUAUUAUGAUGUAUCAUAAUUAGUAUUAUUAUGCAAACCUGAUGUGGGACAGAAAAAAAAAACAA